UAAUCGGGUUGAUACAGAUGAUUCCGUCACAAACAAAGCGCGUGUGGACACCAGGCACGAGAACGUGAGCGAGGCUAGAAUCAAUAGCGGAAAGUGUUUACCUCGUCUGUGAGACACGGUAGACACGCGCAGAGGGGAGGGAAGGAAGGGAGGAAAGGGGGUGAGAAGGAGGAAAGACAGACAGUGGUGAACAAUCGGUGGGUGUAUCUUAGCUAGAGGAGCAGAAGGAGCGGAGAGGAGGUCGGAUAAAAGGAUAAACGCUGCUCUUUUUUUAUUUUAAAGAUGGGGGAGUGAAAGAGCUUGUGCGCCCGUCGUGUCAUAACGCAUCCACCGACUAGCUCAAGACAAGCGCGCCACCGUCCGUCCAUGGCGUAAAAACAGGGGGUAAGUCUACAUAAAUAUAACUGAAAUAAUUAAAUAAUUCGCUGUGGCGAGAAGAGCGUCAUCCGCAGUGUGUCUCUCUCUCCUUGCACCACCUAAGUGCAGCGGAGACAGAAGAGAGACGAGGAUACAGCAGGGAGGGGAGAGAGAGAGACCGCUUCCCUUACCGAAUCUAGGAGAGAGGAGACGCGACUUGCAGACAGAAAAAAACGGGAAUAUACCUAACGCAUCUGUGACCAACCGGCACUGCGAAGGUUUUGGAGGUGUUUUUAACGGUGAGCAGGGAUUCGGUGUUGCAGCGGCCUACCUGAAGAACCGCACAUGUCGGCACGUUCGAGCACCCCAUCUCCAUCCCCGCCCUGCGCGGAGCCCUGUUCGGUCUGAAACGGCAGGGCCAGGCGGAUUACCGAAUAACGGAACCGUUCACGGAACCAGGGAACAGUGAUGCGUUAUAGAAGCGGAAUCAGAUCGACGAUUUUAUGAUACGAGUCUGUUAUGACCUAAUCAAUUAAUGAUUUAUUAUUCAUUGAUGUGGACGGACCAAUCAAACGACUAAUUUUAUGGAUUCAUGUUGUUGACGUUUUCUUGAAUGGAAUGAUUCCAAUCACCUCUGGUAGUCCUGCUUUCUCGGUGUGAUGUGCUUUAUGUAAGGAUCCAUAGGCUAUAGGCUAGGCUAUAUCCAUGACAGAAAUAUAUAAAUAAAUACCAAAUUUAGGCCGAUGACAGGCUGAUGACGCCAAUACGGCAAAGCAACCCUCACAGUUGUAACCUAAAUAAUCCACGUGCUUCUUCCUGUCUCUCAAUAGAUACUAGGAUCAUUUCCGUUAGAUCAAUGCGUUUGUCUUUGUCUGUGUAAAAAAUAUGUUUCGUUAUUUCAAAAAGGACUGGAGCAACGUUUUUUUCCUCCCUCCGCUGUAUUGAGACGGUAUAGGCAGCAGGCAGGCAGUCACAAGGUGCGAAACGAAUUGAACUUCAAGCAACAGCAGAACACACAGCCUAUUUAUUUUACCCUCCUGUCCUCUAACCUUCCAUCCAUCCAUCUCUGGACUGCAGCACUCCGUCUCUAUCCCUCCCUCAUUCCUCCCUCCUCUAUCUAAUUCCUCGCCCUAUGUUCUAUGUUCUAUUCCCAGAUUAUCCAUUUAGAUUUUUUUUAAAUUACGUAUUGGCUCUAUAAGGGAUAAAAAAAAGUUUUUGCCUCCAUCCUGUACACCUCUCCUUCACUAUCAUAUCAUCGGUGCAUCUGGUCACACACACACACACGCACACGCACACGCACACGCACACAAACACACACUUGGCACACACACACCGGGCCGCUCGCUAACACGGCACGGCAACGAUGGAGACGACUAAACUACCCCCGACCAGCCCUUCCUCCCCGACCACCGGGUUCUCGGUCCCGUCAGCAGAGAAGGUAGAUGGGUUUCCCCGGCGGUCGAUGCGCAGAGCCCGGCAGAGGCGCUCCCACUCCUCGUCCCAGUUCCGCUACCAGAGUUCCCAGGUCGAGCUGACGCCGCUGCCGCUACUCAAAGAUGCCCCAGUGGCAGAGCUCCAUAACCUGUUCUGUAAGAAGCUGCAGCAGUGCUGCGUCCUCUUUGACUUCCUGGACUGUGUGGCCGACCUCAAGGGGAAGGAGAUCAAACGAGCUGCGCUCAACGAGCUGGUGGAGUCUGUUGCUACCAGCAGAGGAGUUCUGAUAGAGCCACUCUACCCAGAGGCUAUUAAGAUGAUCUCAGUGAAUAUCUUCAGGACGUUACCUCCCAGUGAGAACCCAGAGUUUGACCCAGAGGAGGAUGAACCCACUCUAGAGGCCUCCUGGCCACACCUACAGCUGGUGUAUGAGUUCUUUCUGCGUUUCCUGGAGAGCCCAGACUUCCAGCCCUCCAUGGCCAAACGUUACGUCGACCAGAAGUUUGUUCUACAGCUGUUGGAGUUAUUUGACAGUGAGGAUCCCAGGGAGAGAGAAUACCUUAAAACCAUCCUGCAUCGUGUCUACGGCAAACUGCUGGGUCUGCGGGCAUACAUACGUAAACAGAUCAACAACAUCUUCCUCAGGUUCAUCUAUGAGACUGAGCACUUCAACGGAGUGGCAGAGCUACUAGAGAUUCUGGGCAGCAUUAUAAACGGGUUUGCGCUACCCCUGAAGUCGGAACACAAGCAGUUCCUGGUUCGAGUACUGAUCCCUCUACACACAGCCAAGUCCCUGUCCAUCUUCCAUGCACAGCUGGCAUACUGUGUGGUCCAGUUCAUGGAGAAAGAUGCCACGGUCACAGAAUACAUCAUACGUGGGCUGCUCAAGUACUGGCCCAAAACCUGCACCCAGAAAGAGGUGAUGUUCCUAGGGGAGAUAGAAGAGAUACUGGAUGUGAUUGAGCCGUCUCAGUUUAUCCGUGUUCAGGAGCCUCUCUUCAAACAGAUCACUGCCUGCAUCUCAAGUCCACACUUCCAGGUAGCAGAGAGGGCUCUGUACUUCUGGAACAAUGAGUACAUCCUGUCUUUGAUAGAGGAGAACAGUCAGGUGAUUCUACCGCUGGUCUUCACUACACUCUACAGAGUCUCCAAGGAGCACUGGAACCAGACAAUAGUUUCUCUGAUCUACAACGUGCUGAAGACCUUUAUGGAGAUGAACAGCAAGUUGUUUGAUGACCUCACUGCCUCUUACAAAGUGGACAAACAGAAGGAGUUGAAGAGGGAGCGUGAGCGUGCAGAGCUGUGGCGGGGGUUGGAGGAGCAGAAGGAGAGGAGGCUGCAGACCCUGGGGGAGACCAGUCGUAAUCAGAAGAACCUCCAGGAGAGAGGGGAGCCUCCUCAGCCCUCCUCCCCACAGACGACACUCCCUAAGCAGCCAGACCUCAAGCCCAGUGGACCCUCCUCCACCACCUAGAGCCAGACAGAGAAUCAGUACCAGAGCCACAGAUUACAGAACAUACUGAGACAGUUAGUACACACACACACACACACACACACACACACACACACACACACACACACACACACACACACACACACACACACACACACACACACACACACACACACACACACACGCACACACACACACACGCACACACACACAGGCAUAACGUAUACUGUAUACACACACUCAUGCAAAGCGUACACAAAUACAAAAUAUGAAUCGACUCACACACACACAAACACACACUAAGUACACAGACUGAAUACACAGACUGAAUACACAGACUGAAUACACAGACUGAAUACAUAGACUGAAUACACAGACUGAAUACAUAGACUGAAUACACAGACUGAAUACACAGACUGAAUACAUAGACUGAAUACACAGACUGAAUACACAGACUGAAUACACAGACUGAAUACAUAGACUGAAUACACAGACUGAAUACACAGACUGAAUACACAAACUGAAUACACAGACUGAAUACAUAGACUGAAUACACAGACUGAAUACAUAGACUGAAUACACAGACUGAAUACACAGACUGAAUACACAAACUGAAUACACAGACUGAAUACACAGACUGAAUACACAGACUGAAUACACAGAAUGAAUACACAGACUGAACACACAAACUGAAUACACAGACUGAAUACAUAGACUGAACACACAGACUGAAUACACAAACGGAAUACAUAGACUGAACACACAGACUGAAUACACAAACUGAAUACAGACUGAAUUACACAAGCAGCCCUGUACACAAGUGGUUCCCAACUCUUUUUCAACUGAGGCACACCUUGAUGGGAUAAAAGAUUCUGCACUUACAAUCUUCAAUUUAUUUGUAUAUUGGUAAUGACCAUCUCAUCUGACCCAUACAGCAAAAUCAUCUAUUUCCUGUGACAAACGUUUAUUAUAGAUUAAAUCGUUUUUUUCCUAACUAUUUUCAUAGUUCCUUACUCAUGAUGAUUAAUUUGUGUGUACCCCUUUAAGUGUUUCCCGCGAAUUCACACACUAUAAGAAAAAAAUGUAGCUACGGUAAAAUAGGUGUUUAUUUUUUAACAGACAUCCGUUUUUCUGUUUUUUCUGUCAUUUAUUAAGGUGCAACCAAGGACACAAAGCCAUCCAUGCUCCGUUUGUUUAUAUGGUACAGCUAACAGGGCAUUCACACCUAUCCACGCUAGCACCGCCUUCAUGUGGGUGCUAACAUGCUACCAAGCAAGCUAGGUAGUGCUACGUAUCAACAGCCAUUGUCAGCCAAUUCAGUAAGGGGUUGGAAGCUAUGUGAGCUUUCGAUUGGUCAAUUGCGUUGCGAUAUCUCUGAGGAUUUGCAUAAAGUUGAGCGUUACCCAACUUUAGUCCCACCCUGUUCAGUUCCCUCUCGCCGCCCACUUCCCCUCGCCCACUUCCCCUCGCCCACUUCCCCUCGCCCACUUCCCCUCGCCUACUUCCCCUCGCCUACUUCCCCUCGCCUACUUCCCCUCGCCUACUUCCCCUCCCCUACUUCCCCUCGCCCACUUCCCCUCCCCUACUUCCCCUCCCCUACUUCCCCUCCCCUACUCCCCCUCGCCCACUUCCCCUCACCCACUUCUCCUCGCCCACUUCCCCUCGCCUAGUACUCCUGUAUUCCUUCCAUUGAAAAGUGAAUGAGGCUCUGUUGUUUCAUCGCCCCAAAAACGUGUUGUGUGGAAAUGCACUGUAAUCAGAUUGGCCGGUGCUAAUGGUUCGCAUAGGCCAAGUAAAAUGUUACCAAUGACUUUGUUUGAUGAUGCGCCACUCCUUAAAUGAUCCAAUUGUAACAACAGUCCGAGAACACUGCACUUGAAACAACCAGACAGAUUAAACCAUGCGACGUGUAAUGUUUUACCUGACUGCCGCUGGGGAUCCUAAGUCAACAUUCCAGGUGUUAUUCCACCGGUCCCGUUUCUAAGUAAGUUUUCAUUACAUUUAGGAAAAGUUUUAUGGCAUACCUGAGAGUUCCUCAAGGCAUACCAUACACACUCUUAACACUACAAUACCACACCCACACUCCCGAUCUCAAACUAAACAUAUUUCUCGCUCUCUCUCUUUCUCUAUUUCUCUAUUUCUCUCUUUCUCUCUCUCACACACACACACACACACACACACACACACACACACACACACACACACACACACACACACACACACACACACACACACACACACACACACACACACACACACACACACACACACACACACACACACACAGGUACACAGGUACUGGUACUGGUUCUAGCUGUCAAGGUUUCGAUGUGGAAACAUCCUCCCAGUUCUGCGACAGGGACUUUUUACUGCCCCAAAAGAUGAAGAGGAAUGAUGAUGAUGAUGUUAAAACAAUAUUGUUCCUUCUUGUAUUCUUCUCAACUGCUGUUGUUUUUAUAUGUCUGAAUAUUACCAUAUUAUGACCAUAUUAUGACCAUAUUAUAACCAUAUUAUGACCAUAUUAAAUUAUGACCAUAUUAUGACCAUAUUAUGACCAUAUUAUGACCAUAUUAUAACCAUAUUAUGACCAUAUUAUAACCAUAUUAUGACCAUAUUAUAACCAUAUUAUGACCAUAUUAUAACCAUAUUAUGACCAUAUUAUAACCAUAUUAUGACCAUAUUAUAACCAUAUUAUAUUAUGACCAUAUUAUGACCAUAUUAUAUUAUGACCAUAUUAUAACCAUAUUAUGACCAUAUUAUAACCAUAUUAUGACCAUAUUAUAACCAUAUUAUGACCAUAUUAUGACCAUAUUAUGACCAUAUUAUGACCAUAUUAUAACCAUAUUAUGACCAUAUUAUGACCAUAUUAUAACCAUAUUAUGACCAUAUUAUAACCAUAUUAUAUUAUGACCAUAUUAUAUUAUAACCAUAUUAUAACCAUAUUAUGACCAUAUUAUAUUAUGACCAUAUUAUGACCAUAUUAUAACCAUAUUAUGACCAUAUUAUAUUAUGACCAUAUUAUAACCAUAUUAUGACCAUAUUAUAACCAUAUUAUGACCAUAUUAUAACCAUAUUAUGACCAUAUUAUAACCAUAUUAUGACCAUAUUAUAUUAUGACCAUAUUAUAACCAUAUUAUGACCAUAUUAUAACCAUAUUAUGACCAUAUUAUAACCAUAUUAUGACCAUAUUAUAUUAUGACCAUUUUAUAACCAUAUUAUAUUAUGACCAUAUUAUAACCAUAUUAUGACCAUAUUAUAACCAUAUUAUGACCAUAUUAUGACCAUAUUAUGACCAUAUUAUAACCAUAUUAUGACCAUAUUAUAUUAUGACCAUAUUAUAUUAUGACCAUAUUAUGACCAUAUUAUAACCAUAUUAUGACCAUAUUAUAUUAUGACCAUAUUAUGACCAUAUUAUAACCAUAUUAUGACCAUAUUAUAUUAUGACCAUAUUAUAACCAUAUUAUGACCAUAUUAUGACCAUAUUAUAACCAUAUUAUGACCAUAUUAUAUUAUGACCAUAUUAUGACCAUAUUAUAUUAUGACCAUAUUAUAACCAUAUUAUGACCAUAUUAUAUUAUGACCAUAUUAUGACCAUAUUAUGACCAUAUUAUGACCAUAUUAUGACCAUAUUAUAACCAUAUUAUGACCAUAUUAUAUUAUGACCAUAUUAUAACCAUAUUAUGACCAUAUUAUGACCAUAUUAUAACCAUAUUAUGACCAUAUUAUAACCAUAUUAUGACCAUAUUAUAUUAUGACCAUAUUAUAACCAUAUUAUGACCAUAUUAUGACCAUAUUAUAACCCUAUUAUGACCAUAUUAUAUUAUGACCAUAUUAUAACCAUAUUAUGACCAUAUUAUGACCAUAUUAUAACCAUAUUAUGACCAUAUUAUAACCAUAUUAUGACCAUAUUAUUAUAGUGUUGGUUGGAAACUCCUUUAAUGUAGCACUCCAAAAGCAGAACUAGGGCAUGGCCCGAAUCACAACUUAUUCACUCCGUAGUGCAGUACUUUUGACCAGGGCCCAUAGAUAGGGUUAGCCCAUAGAUAGGGUUAGCCCAUAGACAGGGUUAGCCCAUAGAUAGGGUUAGCCCAUAGAUAGGGUUAGCCCAUAGAUAGGGUUAGCCCAUAGAUAGGGUUAGCCCAUAGGGAAUAGAGUGCCAUUUGGGAUUUAGACGGUGUUUGAUAUGGGGUGACCCUUAUGCUGCUGGGAUGCUGCGACCCCUGACCCCUGCUAGAUUAAAACUGUUCUGUCAUUAUUAUUGUCUGUUUAUAAUUGACUGAUUAAUUGAUUGAUUAAUUGGUUGGUUAAUUGAUUUCUUAAUUGGUUGGUUGAUUGAUUGAGAGUCAGAAUACGACACGUUCUUUUUUAGCAAUAUUCUCAUUUGUUUGGGAUAAUGUGUGUAGGGGGGUACGAUACGGAGGGGGGUGUUUCUGUGACCCCUCCCUAGGGCUGUGUCCCAAAUGACACCCUAUUCCCUCUGUAGUGCACUACUUAUGACCAGGACCUAUAGGGGUCUGGUCAAACGUAGUGCACUAUAUAGGGAAAGAAUGACAUUUGGGAAGAACUCUCAUGUCUACCACCUUGAAUUUUGUCCUUAAUAUCACACUGUCUUACUGUACAUCUGUGUAUUAUGAUUCACUCAUUUGAUGAAAUUAUUUAUAAUUUGUUUUUAUAUUGUUGUUAUGUUUUUGUAUGUUGAUUUGGUCGAUAUCUGAUAUUUAUGAUGUUUUUUAUUUGAUUGUUGGAAUUGUGACCUUAUUGCAGGAAGUAGUCAAAGAUUAGAAGUUAGUAUGUGUGUGUGUGUGUGUGUGUGUGUGUGUGUGUGUGUGUGUGUGUGUGUGUGUGUGCGUGUGCGUGCGUGCGUGCGUGCGUGCGUGCGUUUGGUACGAGUGUAACAGUGACAGGAGAUGUGUAUAGGAACAGGGUUUGAAUCAGAAUGUAACACGUUUGAUUGAUUGUGAAUCUGGAGGUUCUGCUGGUAUCUUGUUACCGAGACAACCAAACCAGCAGCCUUCAACACUCUUCUAACGGUUUUUCAUUGAAACAAAACUAGAAAAUCCUAGAAAAUAAACAAACCUCACUAUCGUUAAAACUCACUUCCUGAUUUUGGCUAGUUACCCACAAUUCCCCCAUUUAUCAGUCAGUUUUCUGGGAGAUGAAUCAUCCCUCCCACUAUUCUGUUCUAGAACCAAAAUAAUUCUAUUCUGGAGUCGGAACCCAGUUUAUCAGAGUAGAGAAGACUCUCCCUCCCGUCAGUCAGUAGAAUUAUAGAACGGCAAUAAUAAUAGGGUUGAAUAUGUAUGUGUACGUAGCAUCACUAAACUAGAAUUGCACUGUCCUCCUGGUUUGGUCUGUAGGCUAAAUGUUGCUCAGAAACAUAGAAACCAUUGAUGACGACCAACAGCCGGAGAGAUGAAUGUACAGUCGAGUCAAACGGGGCUUGUAGUGAGGAGAUGAUGUACUAAAUGAACUCCACUUUGAGAAAACAAA